CCCCCCCCCCCCCCAUGAUUUCGCCCCCCAAAAAAACCAACCAAAACCCCGCAAAAAACGCGCAAUCCCGGCGGCCAUGACGCCGCUCGCCCGCCGCCUGCUGCACGCGAGCUCACCCGCCGCCGCCGGAGGCGAGCCGGGGGUGCUGGCCUGCCGCCUCGCCUCCCGCGCGGUGGUCCGCUUCGCGGGGCCAGAGGCGGGCCGCUUCCUCCGCUCGCUCCUCACCAACGACCUCCUCCUCUCGUCGUCGUCGCAGCAGAGGUACGCGCCCACGCCCAACGCGCCCGCGCGGGCGCCGCCGCCGGCGUACGCGGCGCUGCUGACGCCGCAGGGGAGGUUCCUCUACGACCUCUUCCUCUACCGCCCGCCCCCACCGUCGCAGCUGCUCGACCGCACGGGCUCCGCGCCGCUGACCGGGGAGAGGCCCAAGGGGAACCAGGAGGAUGAGGGGGAGGACGAGCCCGGCGAGGUGCUCGCGGACGUCGACGCCGCCGAGGUCGACGAGCUACUCGCUUGCUUCAAGAGAUAUCGGUUAAGAUCCAAGGUUGAGAUAGACAAUGUUAGUAAGGAAUUCCUGUGUUGGCAAAGAUUUGGACGCAAUGUGGAGCAUACCGGACCUUCUACUCAAGAACCUGAGGCCCAAUCCAUUGGAUGGGGGCAAGGUGUUGACCAUGCUGCCGAGUCAGCUGCACAAGGUAAUGGCCAUGGUUGGGAGUGGUUCAAAGACCCGAGAUUGGAUUGCCUUGGUUACAGAGGAAUCUUUCCAGCUAAUACUAUACCACCGCUAGUUGAGUCUGACAAAGAAGCCGAUGAGCGCCAUUACUUGCUCUGGCGGAUAGAGAAUGGAGUUGCAGAAGGCUCAACUGAGAUCCCGAAAGGUGAAGCAAUUCCGCUUGAGUACAAUUUUGCUGGCUUGAAUGCAAUUUCAUUUGAGAAGGGCUGCUAUAUCGGACAGGAACUUAUUGCACGUACACACCAUCGUGGUGUCAUUAGGAAACGCCUAAUGCCAUUAAUAUUUGAAGAUGAAAAUGGGCAAGAACUCAAGCAGGCUGUUGCUCCAGGCUCAGAAGUCGUGGACAAGGAGUCUGGCAAGAAAAUCGGUACAGUUAACACUGCUCUUGGCAGCCGUGGUAUGGGCCUGCUGAGACUUGAAGAAGCCCUGAAGCAAAAUUCAAGCCUUGCCAUCAAGGAUAAUAGGGAUGUGAGAGUUAAGGCGAUCAAACCAGACUGGUGGCCGGUUGAGUGGACACAGAUGCUUGAGCAGCAAAGUGCUGUUGCUUGACAUCAUAAGUUCAGAAUGUUCAGUUCCUCACUUGAAAUAUCCAGUGAAGUUUUGGAGAGUUUAAAGCCGAAAACUAAUACAGGAUUCCGUUACGGACCUUUCAGAAUUCAGAGGCAAUCAGAGCAAUUUCAGUUUAGCAGCUUUUGCUUAUGUUCUCAGUUUAACAAUUGACACAGUUACUUGAUCAUGUUGUCUGAUGUAUGAAGGCAGAGACUGUUUUGUUUUCUCUGUCCUCUCCACUUGUAUCGACCAUAAAUAAGUGACUGUACAUGACCAAACCCUGAAACACUCAUUUCAAUAAAUUACUCUUGUCAACAGUUUGCCUUGCCA